ACGAUGUCAAAGAGGAGAAAAGCGAGAGAGAGAGAGAGAGAGAGAGGAUUGUGAGGAAUCUAUGCACGACUGCGAGGGUGGGGAGUCUCAACAGUACUAUGAGGAGGACAACGGGGGCGAUGGAAAAAACGAUGAUGCCUAUCCUGUCGUUGAUGAGGAUGGACGGCAAGAACGGUCGACUGAUGUGGAGGUCGACAACACAACAGGAGAGCGGUUGGAGGCCAGUGUCCAGAAAAGGAAGCGACAAUCUUCAACAAUUCCAACAGAGGCGGCAGAUAAGCGUGCUGCGAAGAAACUCACUGUCGUUGCAUCUCGGCAGGCGCUCAGAGCUUCUCAAGAGGCGGUCACUGAAAGCGUGAAGAAACAAAAAGGGUCCACGUUAACCAGGGCGACAAAAACGGAGAAACGUCCACCGAAAAGAAAGCAGAUGUUUGAUGAGGGUGACUCUGGAGAGGAUGCCGAAGAGGUUCCUCCAAGAGUUGUUCUCAUGAACUCGUCCCUGGAGAACGACUACUGCAAGGACUGGACGAACAAGAUGCGCGGAUACAUGAAUCUUGCGCAAUGCAGCGAAACAGUGUGGCCACUAGUACAUAAAUUCUUUGACAUGUACGAGAAGGGGCUAUUGCUGCGAGUCGACGGUGUGAGAUACAUCGACCUGCCGGGGAAAGUGGACGGGAGGCUGCCUGGGCAAUACUUCCUCAAGGACAACUCCGGCAAAAAAGUUAUGUUCCACUGCAUCAAGCCCAGGGAGGGGCCACCAGGCGCAACGGUGUCUAUACCUAACUUGACGCCGUCAAUCUUCAAGCUGUUCGGCGAUAUGACAGCGAGAGAGAAGCAAGUGGCGCUUCACCACAUGAUGCGUGAUGAUGUCAUCGUGACAUCACGUACGGUACCUCGUGGUAGAUGCAACAUGGCGGACCUGGUGAAAUAUACUCGGCGUGAAAGAUAUAUGGUCCGUAUGUUCAACUACAUAUUGUUCAAGGCCGAGCGGAGGUCAAAAGAAGAGUGGAGCGCUGACUUCGUCAUCGGUUAUACGACCAUCUUGGAGAGGUACAACAAAAACAGCCUGACGGACGAGAAAUGGACCAAGGAACGCGACCGCAUCCCUGACGACAAGGCGAGGAAGGUGCCGAGGCAUUUGGGCAGUCCUGAUGAGAUUAAUGGUGAGAACGGUGCGGGAUUGGAGGCAACCCAAGGCAUGUACAAGGAAACCCCGUUCCACCUCAAGUGUUUCAUCUAUGAGGCGAUCGACUGCUUGAACGACCUGAGAGCGGAGGUGCUCACAGGGUCAUGGUACAAACACUAUACACCUUCGACAACCUUGAACAAGUACGACAACAUUGCAGUUCGGUACACUGACAUGAUGGUUAUUGUCCUCCACUCUGAGAACGACAAUUUGGACAAUAUAACAGUUGCGCCGAAAUUGCAAGCCGAGUUGACAAAUUUGAACGUUGAAGAGGGUGAAUUUGUGAGGUGCUCAGGGGAAUGUAUCGGCGUGGAGGGCGACACUGACGCGGUUUAUUCUUGGAUGGAACAAGAGUCAGCACGUCUCCGAAAACUGUGCAGCUCGUUCAUCAGGGAGGACGAUGGCGUGAUGUUGUUGGGCAGGACGCAUGCGGGACUGGUUUGGGAACUCGCUCGCGCUGGACACCACGUGUUUGCGUGUGACGACACGACAAAAGAGCUCACAUACCUUUCCAAGUUUUUGGAGUUUUAUGUGAAGGAUCCGAGGAACAAAUGUAGGUUCGAAAAGCCUAAAGUCGAGCACCGCAACCACCGGGACAUAUACUAUAAGCUCGACAGAAAGAGGGGGAAAGUGUGGGUUUACUUGUUCGAUGACGCUCCACAGUCGGCGGUUGAUAACGACUACGUCAUCAGGAAAAGUGAACUCGAGAUAGCAAUGAACGAGUACCACGGAUCGCGAGCAUGUGUUCAACAAAGCACACAGAGAAGCACAAUGGGGGAUUCCGCAAUGAUACGCAAGGACGGCGACGACAUGGAGUCGCGCACAAUCACAGAGCAGCCAACGUGCGGGGUCAACGACGGGGCAACAAUCGUUGGAUCUUUCGGGUCUCUUGUGGCGACAAUGGCGGCGAGGCAAGGCGUAUCUGAGAUGAUGGAGACCGAUGCUGGCCAGGAUGGUGAAAGCCAGACGGUGAAGGCGGUGCAAGAGGAGGUGGCAGCAACAACAGAGGAGACGAAGAAAGGUGAGGGAUCCCGCGAACACAAUUUCAUAAUAGAUAUUAUAUCGGAGAGUACGGGCGAGGAUAUGAUCCAAGAUAACAACCAGAAAGAUGACCACGCUGCACAACGAGUGGGCGGUGACGACGAAGAGGACGCGCAACAACCGAGACGGUCAACGAGAGCAGUAAUUAAGAAAACUGUGUUUGAUGCGUAGGGAAGCCUUAAACGGGCAUGGACGUUUACACGUUUCCGGUUAUAUUAAUGUGUCGCCCCAAAUCAUGGUGCGAUAUUCACCCGGUCCUCACAUGGGGUGUCUACGCAUUUCUGGUGAUAUUGAUAGGUUGCCGCUAGGUACUAUGUUAGAAAACUAUAUUAGACAGGAAUGGGUGUCUACGCGUUUUAGGUUAUAUUGUUAUGUUAAUGAAAGUGUUAUUGUGAC